UAUGAGACACCACGUGCAGCGUACUCCGUGAGUAUCGAUCGACUGACGAGACGCACAAAUAUCCUAUUAUUAACUAUUACUGGUUGCUCGCUGGCGCAGGCGCUACUUUCUAUCAAUUGCACGUGCGUUUCAGUAGCAUUCGUGCGUUCCAUGAGCAAUCAUGAAUGUCAAUGACCCUGUCAUGUCACAAAGGGACGCGAGUGAUUACAGUAUUCAAUUGAAUCGUUGGCUCCUAAAACUAGUGGGCGCUUGGCCAAGUUCAGCCUCGACAACAGUUAGAGAGAAGGUGAUUUCAACAAUACUGAUAAUCAUCUGCUACUCGUUGAUAGCCUACACGAUCAUACCUUGUAUUCUGAACAUCUUGUUCGAAGAGACCGAUGUGCAAAAACAAUUAAGAGCUGUUGGUCCAUUAAGUCAUUGGUGCAUGGGUGGCAUGAAUUAUUUCUCACUGCUAUUUCGCAGAAGCGAUAUACAUCGUUGCGUGGAGCACGUGAGGACCGAUUGGCGGAUGAUGACAGAGAUAGGAGAUCGUCAAGUGAUGCUCAAAUAUGCUAAAUUUGGUCGUUUUGUUGCUGGAUUGUGCGCAAUUUUCAUGCACAGCGGUGUGUUCUCGCACGGCGUGCUGAGGGGAAUGAUGCCGACAUUUGUAUAUAUCGGAAACGUGAGCGUGUCAGUGCAGGUAUUACCAUGUCCCACGUACAGCAAGUUCGUAGAUAUUACAAAGAGUCCGGCAGGCGAAAUCGCAUUAACUGUGCAGCUCCUUUCGAGCAUCGUUGUCAAUUCCGUCACGGCGGGCGCCUGCAGUCUCGCAGCGGUGUUUGCGAUGCACGCGUGUGGCCAAUUGAAUGUACUGAUGAGAUGGUUAGACCAGUUAGACGAUCGAAAGCAGCAAGAUAUGGUACACCAUCGAUUGGCAAUCAUUGUGGAGCACCAUCUGAGAGUAUUGAGCUUCGUGACACAAAUGGAAGCACUUUUAAAUCAGAUAUGUUUUGUAGAAUUGCUAGGAUGUACGUUUAACUUAUGUAUGAUUGGAUAUUAUGUCAUUACGGGAUGGAACACAGUAGAGACGGCAAUGACAAUAGCUUGUAUGAUGAUUAUAUAUAUAUCCAUGACUUUCAACAUUUUUAUAUUUUGUUAUAUUGGCGAAACGGUAACAGAACAGUGUAAACAAGUAGGACAAAUAGCUUACAUGACUAACUGGUAUCAUUUGCCGUAUAAAACGGCUCGAGGUCUGAUUUUAAUUAUCUCCCGAUCAAGUAGUGUGAUCAAAUUAACUGCAGGAAAAUUAGUUCAUCUUUCUAUCGCAACUUUUGGUGAUGUAAGUACACGAAGUAUAUUAUGUAUAUUAUUAGGCGCCGACUUGCGAAAAAUAUUAGAGGGACACCGAGAAAUAAUGGAGAGAAACACAACAAUAUUCAAAUUUUUGCGUUGCUACUGGUAGAUAUAAAUCGCUGAAAUAACUAAAAUUUAUCAAAUUAAUGGAGAUUUUAAUAAUUUCAGCGAUUUUCAUCAAGAGUAUUGCAAAAAAGUGGAUAAUAUUGUAGUUGACAUCCAUUUCUUCAGAGGAUUACAAGAUGUUUUGCAGAGAAUGUACAAGAUAUUUUGCAGGUAGUUAGUUACAGGAAAAGAACCCGCUUGUCCUUUCUCAGGUUUCUCUCUGGUACGUGUAUGUGCAGGGACACUAAGGGUUCCUUGCAGUGGCAUGUUCGGAUUCCCACCUGGAUAUUCCCCGGUUAUCACGUCAUCCUUGCUGUCUAAUAAAUGUUAAACAAGGAUGACAUGACAUCCGAGGAACCUUGAUGGGAAUUACACGCUUCAACAAGACUCAGUACAAUACAGUAAUCAUCUCAUCCUUGUUUAACAUUGGCGAAGAUCAAGAAUAUAAUGAUGUAAUAAACUGUGUGUCACACCAUGUCAUUAUAUCGUCUCUUGUUGGAAGGCACUCUAGGACAG